UCUAUAUACAUUUUUAAUCAAAGUUUUCAUACAUCAUCAUAUCCUCAUCUUUUUUAUAUAUACAUCUCUCUGCCGAAGAAGAAAAAACAAUAUGGCUGCCAUUGAUCAGAAUGAAGAAGACGAAGAAAUCGAGUUCCAAAACAACAACUUGGCCAUUGUUCCAACCACACUUGCCACCAUUGAAUCCUUAACCUUCCCUCUUGUUCAAGAAGUUGUUCUUUUAGCCGAUUUUCGAUGCAAAAGUUGUCAAGAUAGAGUAGCUGAAAUAGUUUCCAAAUUAAAUGGUGAAGCGGAGUCUAUGGAGAUUAGUUUGAUGGAAAAGAAGGUAACGAUCACCUUGUCACGUAGGCAUACAAAAUGGGCCAAAAUGUCGGAACAUGAACUUCAACCAAUAUCGAUCUACAAAAACCGAGCAAACAAAUACUCUCUAGUGAAAAGGAUGUUUUGCUCUUCUUCUAGCUGACUUCUUCAUUGGAUGAUUGCUUUCUUUUAGACAUACACGGAAAGAGAGUUCGUUUAAUGUCGAUAUGUAAAUGUUAAAGUGGUCAAUAGACAAUAGGUUAGAGAAAUAUACAUGUAAUUGUAAUCAUUUAUUGAUUAUAAAAAUACAAUCAAUUUAUUUA